AAAAAUAUUUGUAACAAUUCUCAUAUCAUAAUGAAGAUAAAUAUUUCAAUUUAAAUACUUACAUUUAUCUAUAAAUAUAAUAUGUGUAAUUUCAUGUUUUCUCAAUAGAGGUCUCGACAAACGCAAUUUUCUCUGUCACACAAUCAUAGAGAAUAUAAGAUCAUAAUAUAUAUGGUAAGAUAAAAAAAAAAAAAAAAAAAAAAUAGAAAAAGCGAAUAUUAUUAAUAAAACAAUAAAAUAUGUCUCAGCCUUCUAAGAAAAUUGAAGAAGUUUAUGAAGAGUUUAAUAAUCAAGCAGAUCGAAUUAAUUAUUUAAUUAAAAGAUUUACAGAAUUGAAAGAAACAAUCUGUAAAUACAAAAAGAUUCGAAAUUAUUGGGAAUCGCAUUAUUCUACUUUAUCUAUGAACAUUUGGGCAGGACAAGUGAAAUAUCUAGAAUUACAGAAAAAAGAAGCCAACCUUAGAAAUGAAAUCUCGGAAAUUAUAGAAAUAAUCAAAUUUCAACAACAAGAAUUAAAAAAUUUAACAAAAGAAAGAACGAUAUAUUUUACGAAACAAUGGUAUUUCUCUUUCUAAAUUUUAAACAAAUCAUUUAAUUAAGUUUAAUUAUAGUUUUCAUGUUCAUGCAUAAAUUUGUCAUCAAUAUAAAAAUACAUAAUUUCUUAUUUUUUAUCAUUAAUAAUCAUUAAUAAUCAUUUAUUUAGCAAUAAAUUUCGAAUUAUGGAUAUAAAAUAUA